AUGAGACUCCUGACUCCCCUCAUCAUCGCCUCCAAUGCCAUCUUGGCAGCCUCCCAAAUCAUGGGAACGCCAUCCUACGAGUAUCUUUACACUGUCAACGCGACCCUCGGCGAACGUUGGCCGAUUGGCGACUACGGUCAAGGUAGCCGCGUUGUGAUUCCCAUCACUGGCGGAACCUUCAAGGGACCCAAGCUUUCUGGAACGGUCACUAACCUUGGUGCCGACUGGGGUCUCACCGACACCAAGGGCGUUUUCUUCCCCGAUACCCGAUACAACCUGAGGACUCAUGAUGGAGUUGAUAUCUAUAUCCAAACCUCUGGCCCGACGCAGCCUGAUGGAAGGACGUUGUUGAGGGGCGUUUUCCAGGCAGCGCACCCGGAUUAUGAGUGGUUGAACUACGUCCUAGCUGUAGGCGUGUUGCAGCGGCCGCCAGCUGAGAGCAAGGGUAAAUAUGUCGUUAUUGACAUGUGGGCAAUGGUUUUGCCAGACUGUAACGGGAAUUGCUAG